AUGCAACAUAUAGGAAACUCCGUUUUGUUUUUCAUCUAUCUAUCUAUCUAUCUAUCUAUCUAUCUAUCUAUCUAUCUAUCUAUCUAUCUAUCUAUCUAUCUCAUUUCUGUUCAUUAUCUAUCUAUCUAUCUAUCUAUCUAUCUAUUUCACACACACUCACAUAUAUCUAUUUUAGAUGUAAAACUUCUGGGAGUUUUCUAUCUAUCUAUCUAUCUAUCUAUCUAUCUAUCUAUCUAUCUAUCUAUCUAUCUAUCUGAUCUCUUUCUCUAUCACUUCCCGCCCCUGGCGCACGUUGAAUGGCAGGCGUGCUAUCAGUCUCGAUUACGUGACACGCCGACACAACGUGGACGUCGUCAGAAGAGGAGGAAGUGGAAAUGGGAAAGACAAAGUCUAAGAGGAAAAGAUCCGUUCACCACCCGUGCCUGUUGUUAUAGUUUAAGCACCAGACGAGGGGAAAGCAAAAACAUAUUCCUGUUCGUGUUUGUCCGCGCACCUCUAUGUCUAACAGCACCGGACUCUUCCCAACUAAUAUACGCGCCAAGAUCUUACAUCUAUAUGGGUACACGGCCAAAUGAUCUAUCUAUCUAUCUAUCUAUCUAUCUAUCUAUCUAUCUAUUGCUAACUAGCUAUUCAUAUUUAUCUAGCAGUCUAUCUAUCAGCUAG